AUUUCCUAAGCAACGUCAUGCGCUACAGUUUCUAGGACCGUGGGAUCCUGCGAUUUAACUCUGAACUGUAGCUAAGCGUUGAUGACCAGAUAUGUUUUAGACGAGUGGGCGGGCUGAUGUUGCAGUUCUGUUAUUAGAGGGGAGGAGCUAGUUUAUUCUGGACUUCAAAGACACCACGCUGGAGAGAGGGCGAUGGGCUAUUCUGCUGGGUAGUGACAGAGAAGGAUGACGACUGCUCUGUUCAUCAGCUGAACUGAGGAAGAGGGAAACGUGGCGGAGGAAAAAGACAGAGAUGGAGAUUAGUGAUGUAAUCUGACAGGAAGGAACUCUUCACCUUCAUCUCUUUUUCCACUGUCACCACCACCAGUGCAACUCUCCCAGAGUCUGAGCUGUGAAGGUGCUCCACACACACACACACACAGUGGAUUUGUCUUUCUCCUGCUGAUGCUGGUUAACAUCCCUGAUUGGCCCAGCCCCAGGCUCAGACCAUGAAGAGGCCCAAGCAGCAGACUCAGCCCUUCAGCUUCCUCUCGUUCUUCAGCCGCAAGCCCAAACCUGAGCCAAGGCUGGAGAGGCCUACUGAUGCCCACAACAAGGACGAGGUCUCCAUCACCCUAACACCCAGCGAACAUGCAGAGCAGGAGCAGGACAUUAAAAACGAAGAGGGUGGAGACUCUGGGGUUGGUGGAUUUGAACCAAUCGGGGCAACAUCGUCAGGGGCGACGGUUGACGAACCUGUAACGGAAAUGGAAUGCUGCGGGGGCGGAGCCAACAGUGCAUCCACAGGCCUCCUAUCCCUGUCCUCGUCCAGCCAGGACCAGCUACUGGACGAUCACCACCUGGAGGAGUGUCCUCUCUGCCUUCUUGGCCAACCGCGUUGCCGGUUCCCACGCCUCACUUCCUGUUCCCACCGGGCCUGCUACGACUGCCUGAGACAGUACCUGCGGAUCGAGAUCUCAGAGAGCAGGGUGGGUAUUGCGUGUCCGCAGUGCCCCGAGGCCUUGGCGCCGCCCGAUGUCCGAGCCAUCCUGGACGACCACGCACUCCUAGAGAGGUUUGAGGAGUACCAGCUGAGGAGGUUUCUGGCGGCUGACCCCGACACACGCUGGUGCCCUGCUCCUGACUGCAGCUUUGCUGUGAUAGCGUACGGCUGCGCUGAGUGUCCCAAGCUGAGCUGCGGGCGCGACGGCUGUGAAACAGAGUUCUGCUACCACUGCCGGCAGCUGUGGCACCCAGACCAGACCUGUGACCAGGCGCGUCGUCAGCGAGCCCGCCACACCUCUGGGGGGAAUGAUUCCUCAACAUUAUAUGUCUUCAACGAGGAGCCUGGAGGAGAUGCAGAGGAGAUCAAGGCCUGUCCUCGCUGUGGAGCCUACAUCAUGAAGACCAAUGAUGGCAGCUGUAACCGAAUGAACUGUACCGUUUGCGCCUGUCAGUUCUGUUGGCUCUGCAUGCAGGAGAUCACUGACGUCCACUACCUCAGCCCCUCCGGCUGCACCUUCUGGGGGAAGAAGCCGUGGUCUCAGACCCGGAAGGUUCUGUGGCAGGUGGGCAUGCUUCUGGGUGCUCCGGUGGUCAUCUCACUCAUCGCUGGCAUCGCCAUCCCUGUCAUCAUAGUGGGAAUCCCCAUCUACAUGGGCCGCAAGGUCCACAGUCGCUGCAAGAAGAACAACAUCUCAGGAAGUAAACAUUACUUAACUGUGGCCAGUGGUGUCAUGAUGUCAGUGUUUGUUUCACCCGUCAUUGCUGCUGUCACCGUGGGGGUGGGGGUCCCAUUGAUGUUGACGUAUGUCUAUGGGGUCGUCCCGAUGUCACUCUGUCGGAAUGGGUGGUGUCGCUCACAGGAUGACCCCCCAGAAGUACACAGGAUACAACUGGAAGACCUGGCAAACUAUCUUCUAUUCUCUCAUGUAGUCAGCGACCACUGGCCAGGCAGCCAAACCAACCCAGCCCUCAGCAACACCAGCAUCCAGGAAGUGCUUCAGGAUGUUAGGGUCAGCGUACAGGAAGUGGGCGUGGUCCCCAGCACCAGCCGUGCCUCCAUGCCCCCAGAACCAGAUGUCUUCAUGGAACUGGAUGAGCAACAGAAUCAUCUUGUGUCUACACAGAAGGACAGCCCAUUGGACCGUGAAGUGUUUGGGGCGGGUUUCACUAGAAAGCUCCAUAACACACAGACAUUCUCUUUGCGGGAAGGAAGGAACAUUCAGGUGCAUGUGGAGAUCGAAACCCACCCCAGGGGGGCCCGCCAAUCAAGCCUGAGUAGUGUUCUAUCCAGCCUAUCAGCAGAGACCUUGGGCCACACCCACUCCCAAGAACGCCUGGACUCCACCCAUUCCCAGGAACAUGUGGACUCCACCCACUCCCAAGAAUGCUUGUGUGCCUCUGAUGAUGAAGACGAGAGAGUAGAGGAAAGAGGAGAAGAGAAAGAAGAGGGGAAGGCAGGAAGAGCAAGAAGCCAGAAAAACCUUCCUGUUUUUGAGACCGAUGAUGUCUGAGUUCCACCUCCCUUUAAGGCCACACCUUGCUUCCACAAAAAGGCUCCUACCACCAGCUCCCCCUCUCAGGAGGAGAGGGGAACAUGGAGAGACAGAGAGAGGAAGGAGAGAUGAAAUAAAACACUCUGUUUAAAAGAGGAGAAGAAUGAUAGAUACAGUGGGAGAGAUCAAAAAUGAGGGCUCGCUUGCUAAAAUGCCAGAGUGAUGGUUGGAGAAACAUGGACCCAAUGCAGAAGUGACUGAAAGGCGUGUUAGUUGACUGGUUAGCUGGGUGUUAGCCUCCGAGCAUCAUGCUCCUGCUCUGCCACCAAUCAAGUUAAUAUGUUAUAACCCAGCCCUUUUCUGACACCCACCCCAGACUCCUGGUGAACUGGGGCUGUAUGGAUCCAUCGUCUUGGAGUGGGCGUGCUCAUCUAUGGUCAGGCCGGCCUCUUCCAGAACCAUCGUAUUCAUUAUGAUCUGAAAGGCUGAACAGAUGACUGUCAGAAGAAAGUACUACACUCUGACAUUUGAUCCAUCCAGCACCGGAUCUUCCCUAACCUAAGAGAGGUUAAUGCGGUCUAAAAGCAUGGUUUUUAAUGUAGGAGUUAGUGACAGGAUGCUGUUACUCUCUUCCCGUACUGGACCAGGAAGCACCUGAUGAUCCAGUGAUUGGCUGUUGACAGACUACUGUGGACAGUGGAAGUGUAAUGAGGAGGAUGUGUUUAAGUGUCUGCACAUUUUAAAAGAACGUUGUGGGAUUUACCAAGGGGUUGUCCUCAGCUGUGUCUCAAAGGGUCUCAGUCAAUGUCCUCCAUUAGCCAUUAGUCCUUUUGAACCUUCUGUAAGGUUCAAAAGUCCACAUCCCUGGAAUCACAUCUGAUAUCAGAUCCUAUGUCUUCCUUUGAAGAGGUCAGGGCAAUAUUGUCUUCCCAGCUAACAGAGGAAGUUCCUGGCAUGUCUGGGGGAUCAUGACACCACCUCCAGUUGACGUCAUAACAUGUUUGCAGGUUUGUUCUGACUAGGAAUCUCACUGGCUUGGAAAAUCUCUCCUAAAGCUGCUUGAUUCUGCUUCUUGCUCGCUGUAUAUCCCAGAGUCCACCAAAAUGGCCACACAUGCCUCUUUGUUAUUGACCUGCAGUAGUGUUGAAAUGUAGUACCUUCAACCAACCGGAGACCGCCAUCCAGACCCUCUCAGUAAAUCACAGAGCAGCAUUGUUCCCCCAACAGCAUGCCUACUCAGGCCAUUUCCCUUCUAGAGGAUGAUGAUGAUAAUGAUGAUGACAAUUAUAAUGAUGAUUAUUAUGAAGAUGAUGAGAAUAUGAACUGAAACAUGGAACAGUAAGGUUCCUGAGUGUGAACUGCCAUGUAAGAUGACCUCAGAGAGACAGUGCCACUGGACUGGAUGUAGUCAUGGUGAUAUCUGUGGCCUGCAUUCUAAAGCCACCCGACUCAAUAAAGCCUUGGCAUACUGCGCUGUGCAUUUGAACAGAGGGAUAAAAAACAUGAAUAAAGGUUUCACUAUGAAGGACAAAACUGAA